GAUUUGCUGAGACACAAAAGCUCUGUGCUAGUGAAAAGAAACAAGAACAAAUGUGACUCUUCUGAGGCUCUUCGACAGAGAGCCAUAUUGAAAUGCAUCAGAGUGAAAACAAUUAAACUGUUUUUAUUCCUGGGGAAAGAAAACACAAUGAAUAAAGCAGACUGUGGUAUCAUUACUCUUAUCUUAUAGGUUAUGUGCCAAAGUAGACUUGGAGCACACUUGGAAACUGCACAGAUAUCCCCACAAAACAUCCUGAUGUUGAUGAGUUCAGACUGCCCUGGUUAGAAAUGUUCAACCCACCUGUAAGAUUCCUUUGCCUCUGAUAUGUAACCAGUGUGUUUUCCAGUGGGUUUUGUUGGGAAAGGCACAGUUUGAUCUUAUUGGUCAGCUGCUGCCCUGUGCCGUCUAUAAAACGCAUGACAAGAGCUCCGGAGCGGAGACUGUCUGAGGGCGCAGAGCAGCGCCGCGCAGCGCACAGGAUUCACCCGAGGAGGAAACACCUGUUACUGACGGAGCAAGUGGACAGAGAGGAAGGAGUGCUUUGCUUUAGUGCUACACACCUGACUGCAUCUACACCACACACCCACACAUCCCACUGCCUGGUGGGACCAUGUGGGUUCUGGAUAAGAUCCGCGGGUCGGUGGAGACUGGCGUGCUGCGACAGGGGGAGAACGGAGACAAAAAAGCUGCCACGCCAUCUUACAGCAACGUCCUCACCCCAGACAAGAUCCCAGACUUUUUCAUCCCGCCAAAGCUGGUGAGCACCCCUCCAGAACCUGAGAUUCCUAGCCUGAAGCCCAAAGAGGGACUGCAACCCUCAACUUCAGAGCAAACCAUUGGCAGUGGAAAGAAGAUCAGCAGCCCAAGAAGUCCACGGCUGGUAGCCAAGAUUGCAGGGGACACCAAGAACUUGCUGAGAGCAGCAAACCGUCACAUCAUACAGAUCGAGAGUGCUGAUGAUGUUGUGGCUGGAGACACAAAUGCAGACCCCCAGUCGCAGACAGCGAUGUCCCUGCCUUACAUCCCCAAGACUCACACACCUUAUGGCUUUGCAACCCUGAAGGAAAGCCCCCACACUCGCCGCAAAGAGUCACUCUUCCAUUGCGAGCACACCAGUCCCAUCACCUCCCCGAACACCCAGAGGAAGGGGAAAAGCAGCGAUGGGGGAAACCAUCUGAAUCCGGCUGACUUCAACACCUCUCACAUGAAUCCUUAUCGAUACUUCAGCGGUGGGGAAAGUGACACUUGCUCCUCCGCUGAGUCCUCUCCCUUCAGCUCCCCCCUGCUCUCCCGCUCUGCCUCCCUGCUCAAGAUCUUCACCCAUGAGACACAGGCCAAAGUCGUGAAAGCCAAGAGGACGUUCGCUCGCCACAGUUCCCUCUCCACCGACGAGUGCAGCUCUGCCGAGCCCAGUCCCAACAUCCAGCGAAGGCUCCAUGUGCCCUCCUUGCACGGAGGUGCUGGGGGGUCAGACCACGGGCUCCACCGGGAGCACACCAUCAACCUGCACAAAGGCGGGUCGUUGAGGAUCAGCGCCAACUACGACUCCAGCACCUCCCGCCUGCUCAUCCGCAUCCUGGCUGCGGAGAGUCUUUACGACAAGCACUUUGACAUCAAGAGCAUCAACUGCUGUGUGUCCGUCUACCUGAACCCAGGCAAGCUGCAGAAGCAAAGGAGCAACAUAAUCAAGAACAGCCGCAACCCGGUCUUCAACGAGGACUUCUUCUUUGACUCAAUAAGCUCGGUUCAGGUGAAGAACCUGUCAGUGAAGUUCAAGGUGGUGAACAAGGGCACCAGCCUCAAGAGGGACAAUCUGCUGGGAGAGCGGGAGGCGCCUCUUACAAAGCUGCUCUCAGGGCUUUAAAGCCACAGGGGGCAAAAAAAACAAGGAUGCUGACUGAAACUUUAAUUAGAUGUUUGCACUGGUUUCUAUACAAACGGCUCUUUUUAUUCCAAUAGAUGAAAAAGGCGAACUACAAUAAAGGGAGGGGACAACAAAGGGUUUCCAGUAAGUGAAACAUAUUCCUAGAAGGAGGGAGGCUUUCUUUUGAGUUCUAAAAAAAGAAACACCAAGCUCAGAAAAUGAAUCACUUGAUGUACAUGGUCGGAUGAAGGAUUUGUGGUGGUCGAGGCCUGCCUGGUUGAAUGCUCAUUAAACCAAGCCGGGCUCGACAGCAACAGAUGAAUUCGACAGAUGAAAGGGUUUUUUUUUCUUUUCUGGAUGUAUCUCCCAGCCAACUUCCUCAGCCAGGUCUGGUUCAAAGGUUGGACGACACCUGUGCAUCAGCCUGUCUCACUGUCCUUGUCUGCAUUGUGUUCGCCAUGCGUGGCACGGUUUUAUUAUUGUAAUGUGACAGAGAUCCACAGCAGCACAGGAUGUGAUUCUGCUUUAGCUACAUCAUGUGUUCGGCACAAAGACGUUUUUGUGAAUCAGUGCGAGCUUUGAAGUGGCACUACAUCCUGAUGUGCAAAUGACCCUUUGAUCCCAGUUGCCAUGGCCCACCUCCUACAGGGGAAGGUGAGGGACAAAUAGAGCAGUCACAAUAGACACAUUUACAUGCACAUCGAAAAUAGAAUUAUAAUGUGAUUAGUAAUGCAAGUAAGACUAAACCUGUGAUUGCAUAAUCUCAUUAUGUAAUUAUUAACAGUUCUUAGUAACAGUUAAUAUCCCAGUAACGUAUAAGUGCUCCAAAAAUCUCAAAGUUUUGUAAAUUUAGUAGUAGUAAUGUUAAAGUUAAAGGUGACCUAGUAAACAAAUGUUGAGUUUACAUUCAGUGUCUCUUACCAAAACCCACUGUGUGAGUCGAACCUUCCUCAUAAGACAACAUUUGAAAAUGUUAUAGAUCCUGCAUUCUUUACGUCAGUGUUCACUUGCUAGCGUUCUUCUUCCUGACUGCCUUUGUUGGCACAUUGUUACAUUUGUUGGAGCGUUACACCAACUGUUGAUUGGCAGAAUAGUGUGAAACCAGCAGCAGGAUGUGGACUGCACGACACAAACAAAAUGGGGACCCACUUUUACAAUCUCCACAGAGUAUCUUUAAAGUUUAUUUUUCUUGAGACAAAUUUACAAAAGUUGUAUGCGCAGUAAGAAUAUUUGAACCUCGUUCUAAUGCAAAUCAAUGUAUGUCAAGUAAUGUGAAAGAAAUUAGAAUUUUUAUUGAUUCUAGAGACGCAUUCAGACGCUCUUGUAACAAGUUGAUUUCUAUUAUUCCAACAGAAAGGUUGAAAUAUUCUUAGUGCACUCGAAGAUUUCUUUACUUCUUUUAUGAAAGUUAAGUUUCCAAGUCUUUAACUGACUCACUGAGUUAAUGAAUGUGGAGCUAUAAGGAAGAAAUUUUUUAUGAGAAACUUCAUUCAUAUAUUUGAUAUGCAUUUUAUUUCUGUCUGGUUGAUGAAAUCUCUUCAGGCUUAUGAGGGACCUGUGUGGACACUCCAGCUGCAGACUGUCACGCACGCCUCAUCCAGUGUGGGCACCUUGAUUAAAUCUUUUGCAACUAGGCAACGGGCUCCUGCCAAAUAGAUCCGACCAACAUCUUCUCUCUCAAUUCAGAUCAGUCGGCGAUACCUAUCUGUUAUUCUGCACACCAAAAACACAGCAGCAGGGACGAUCAGCUUUUUUAGACACAAAAGAUCUUUUAGACGUUUAAAAUUUAUUUCCACUCUAUUUUCCAUUUUCUAAAAUGUUCAGUCACUAAAAGAUGAGUCGGUCAAAAUCAUCUCUCCCAACAUUUGUUUCUAAAGUAGCACCUGAUGGAUAGCAUUUUAUAAAUUACUUUAAUAGAAGUGGCAGUGACAAAGUGCUUUAUUGUGAUUUAACUGCGUUUUGAUCCAUUUUGACAGCAGUGGCACAAGAAACGUGGUUAUUAAAAGUCAAAUUAAAUGCGUCUUUCAUGUAAACAGAAUUUAACACUCUUCAAUUUAUGCAACCAGUAAAAUACAGAAAAAUACUUGUGUGCAUGUUAAUGUAUUAAAUGUCUCAUAUGAGAAGAACAGAGCACUGGCGUGUACCAGUUGCAUGGCAUGAAUAUGUCAGUGACAUACUGGUGUUUGCAUGACAUGCUCAAAGUUUUAUGAAGCCCUAAAGCCUUACUGUGUGUGUGUGUGUGUGUGUGUGUGUGAGUGUGUUUUGAUUAGCAUGACAUUUUGUCCAAAGUUGUUCAUUUUCUAUGUACGACAUGUAGUAUUUUGUAAAAAUGUUUUUGAUUGGUUUGAAAUGACUCGAAACGUGUGCUGGAUUUGUACUGUAUAUAACUACAUGUGUACUAGUUUCUACGAUUGUCAGUGAAAUGCCAAUUAUGCACCAGCGAGUGAGAAGUGCUGAUGAGAGGCAUUUUAAUUACGUCUGUUUCAAUGUUAAUGAAGCCCGGGGGAGGAGGCAGAAAUGUCAAGAAAGAAAUGAGGAAAACACGGCAACGAGGAAAACUAUGUUAUGUGUUUUGACAUGAACAUCCUUGAAGUACUCUGCUGUCCAUCUGAUGAAUUAGAAGAAAUUGCAUGUGAUUGCAGCCUCGAGUGCUCGACAGAGGAGAGCAACUACAGACAGAAAAGAAGUCAGAGACAUCAGAGUGAUGCAAAUUACUGAGGUUUCUCACACACUGCCCCAAAGCUUCAGUUUAAUUCUGUGAGAAUUACUCUCAACUGGUGUUUGUAGCUCACUUGUAGCACUGCUAUUGAUAUGGUCUAUAUACUUUAUAUACAGUGACACUGCUGGUUGUUAUGGUGUGAAACUCGGGUGAUCUGUUGUAAUCCCUGUUGCAAACAUACAGUGCCUGCUCGUAGAGUUAUUGUAUUUUCUACUCAAACUUCCUAAAUUAUACUCAACCUUGUUGUUACCAAACCCUUUCUGAGGUUUCUUCUAGCAUGACUAACAUACUUAAGUAGUGUCAGUACUAAACGUCAGUGGAUUCUUAUUGUUUAGUGGUGGGUCGCCUUGUGUUCUGAUUGUAGAUGAGGUUUCGCUGCCGAAACAAAUGUUUAUGAUGAUGAUACCCCUGAAAUAUGGGUGACGUGUUCCGCAAAUUGUCCAACUGAGUCCUAUUUUUUUUAUAACUAAUUGUUUUGACUGUUUUCAUGUGGCUUAUCAUUUAAUAGAAUUGAAAUGCAGGGAGAUAAACAAUAAACAGUUAUGCGACUGCUUCUGCCUGGCCAGGCUUAGCUGCUGUUAUCUGGCCUUGUCACAGACUCGUAGCUGCAAAUGGUGAAAAGUUUGGUCGCAUGUCUGAGUAGAACAACCUUAUCGGUAAACAUAUCUAAAGGAAUAUCUAUUGUAGCUUAAAGAGAUAGUCUUACCCAAGUCUUACCUUGAUAGGAGGUUAAAAAAAAACUGUUAUACUUAAAAAGUUUGUCUUUAACUUUAUUUUUAUGCCACAAGCUUACCAAAAUCCACAAAAGAUAUUUGAUAAGAAACCUAUUUUGGACCCAUGUUUCACUUCCUGUCUCCGAAUGGUUCCAGAAAAGGCAGAAACCGAAGACAAGAGUGUAGGCUUUAAUAUGUCACAUUUGACAACACAGCAGCACAAAGCUUUGAACACUUUGUGCUGCUCUUGUGGUAGAUUUUGAGCUAAGCUGGAGGCUCAACGCAUGUCUUAUAUUGGACAAUGCUGAGAGGUGAUAAGUCCUGAUAAGCCCACUUGGAAAAAAGGGACAGUACCUUGUCUUUGUUCCCCUUAACUUUCUGAAAAUCCUUUAUUUAAACAGUACUUGUACUUUUUUGUCAAAUUAGAUGCUCUUAUAAGUUUAACUAGACACUAGCCUUGAUGGAGGCUUCAAAACAGAUUUGAUUCUCACUAGUGGGGAAAGAAAUAUGUGUCAAAGGCCUUGUUGUUGCUACAUAAUUCAUAAAAAAAAAAAGUUCCUCUGCUAAGAUAGUCUCCUGCUACUAUUAGCAUGUUAGCAUUAAUCUUAAAGUGUAGCUGAUUUGACAUUUUGAGAAAAUGUCAUGCCAAGAGUUAGAUGAGAGGAUUGAUAGCACUCUCAUAUCUGUAAGUUAAAUAUUGAGCUAGAGCCAGGCAGGGAUUAUAUUAGCUUAGUGUAAAGAUGGAAAACAGGAGGAAACAGCUGGCCUGUGUGUGGAAACAACACGCCUACCAGCAUCUCUGAAGCUGAGUAAUUAAUAACCUACAUUAUAUUUUGUUUGUUUAAUCUGUACACAAACUGAAAUGUCAGAAUGGCAAGUUGUGGUUUUAAUGGGGGAUAAGGUGCUGUAACUAUUGGCAACCAGCACAGCGAUCAAAAAAGGUGAAAAAAUUUUGACCUGUCGGUGGCUCUAGAUAAAAUGUCAAUCGAGCUCUAAACUGGGUUCUCCCUCUGAGGACUAUGAAUAUAUCAAAUAUUAUGACAGUUCAUGCGGUAUUUAUCAAGACAUUUCAUAUAAGAUCAUAAGAUAUUUCAAGUGUUGAACUGACAGACAUUGCUGUCCCCAGAGUCACACUGAUUGCGUGGUUAAAAAAUGCCAACCUUUAUCUGAUCUACAGAAGAAUUAACUUUCCCAUUAUCCCUUCGCCUUUUGUUGUGGAGGAAAUCAGUCCUCAUAUCUCUGCACUCAAUAGCUGUUUAAUUAGGUACAAGGUGCAGAGGCUUGACUGAUAACAUUUAAAAUGAGAACUGAGGAGAACGUCAGUGCCUGCAUGUGUGAGAGACUGAGAGCGGCGGUAGCCAGUUGGAUGUUUUAUUUAAUUGAUGGUCACUUUUUAUUCGUUAAGCUGUUUUGAUAAAGUGUAUAUAUGCUGUAGCGUUUCUCAAGUCUUCCUGUCUUGACAGGUUCUCUAUGAAAAAUGAAACUGAAAAGUGCCGGUCCGUUACUUGACGCUGAAAUCUUUAGUUUAUUUCCAGGCUUAGAUAAACAAUGGAAGCUGGUUUCCAUGUGCUGUUGCUGUUCUCGUUGUGCGUCUGGCCUACUUUUUUUUUGCUGUGAUGCUACAACCACUGACAGCUGUCCUCUGGUUACUUACUGUGUUAAUGGGUGUGAAAUACUUUAAUUAAAGGAAAAGUUCCACAGCA